ACCACCACCGUCACCUCCUCUCCACCAGCUUACCAGAGGAAGACAGACAGAGGUCUCCAUGCUGCUCUCUUGGAGGACGAAGGGAGAAAAGGAGGAGGAGGAGAAGAUGUUGCGGGCGGCGUUCGUCGUGUUGCUCUCUCUUCUCGGCCUCUCGGCUGUGCGCGCCGAGGACCCGUACCUCUACUUCACGUGGAACGUGAGCUACGGCACCAUCUCCCCUCUUGGCGUCCCGCAGCAGGGCAUUCUGAUCAACGGCGAGUUCCCCGGCCCCAACAUCAACUCCACCACCAAUAACAACAUCGUCAUCAACGUCUACAACAACCUCGAUGAGCCCUUCCUCUUCACAUGGAAUGGGAUCCAGCAGAGGAAGAACUCAUGGCAGGACGGCACGGCGGGCAGCAAUUGCCCCAUCCUUCCCGGCAAAAACUUCACCUACCACUUCCAGGUCAAGGACCAGAUCGGCAGCUUCGUCUACUUUCCCACCCUCGGCAUGCAGCGGGCCGUCGGCGGCUUCGGCGGCCUCCGGGUCAACAGCCGCCUCCUCAUCCCCGUCCCCUUUGAUGACCCCGCCGACGACUACACCGUCCUUAUCGGCGACUGGUACACCAAGAGCCACAAGAUCCUCGAGAAGAUCCUCGACGCCGGCCGCGCCGUCGGCCGCCCAGCUGGCCUUCUAAUCAACGGCCACUCUGGAAAGAACGGCGCUGGCAAGGACGAACCCCCGCUCUUCACCAUGGAGGCCAAGAAGACCUACCGCUACCGCAUCUGCAACAUCGGCAUGAAGGUAACACUCAACUUCCGCAUCCAGUCCCAUUCGAUGACGCUCGUCGAGAUGGACGGCUCGCACACCGUGCAGAACAACUACGACUCCCUCGACAUCCACGUCGGGCAGUGCCUUUCGGUGCUUGUCACCGCCAACCAAUCGCCCAGGGACUAUUACAUGGUGGCCUCCUCUCGCUUCACCAAGUACAUGCUGACCGUCACCGGCAUCGUGCGCUACGCUGGCUCCCAAACUCCGCCGUCGCAGGAUCUACCAGAGGGGCCAGCCGGCUGGGCCUGGUCGUUCAACCAGUGGCGCUCCUUCCGGUGGAACCUCACCGCCAGCGCCGCCCGCCCCAACCCCCAGGGAUCCUACCACUACGGCAGCAUCAACAUCACCCGCACUAUCAGGCUCGUCAACACCAUCGGGAACGUCGACGGGAAGCGCCGCUAUGCGCUCAACGGCGUGUCGCACCAGGACACCGACACGCCGCUCAAGCUCGCCGAGUACUACGGCAUCGCCGACAAGGUGUUCAAGUACGACAUCAUCAGCGACGAACCGCCGGCCGACGGCGCCCAGAUCAAGCUCGCGCCUAACGUCGUAAACACAACCUUCCGGACAUUCGUCGAGAUCAUCUUUGAGAACCCUGAGAGGAGCAUGCAGGCCUACCACCUGGAUGGCUACUCCUUCUUCCCCGUCGGAAUGGGGCAUGGGAAGUGGACGCCGGCGAGCCGGAAAACCUACAACCUGCUCGACGCGGUGAGCCGGCACACGAUCCAGGUGUACCAGAGGUCGUGGUCGGCGGUCAUGCUGACGUUCGACAACGCCGGGAUGUGGAACCUGCGGUCGGAGCUGUGGGAGAGGCGCUACUUGGGGCAGCAGCUCUACUUCACCGUGCAGUCGCCGGCGAGGUCCCUGAGGGAUGAGUACAACAUGCCGGACAACGCGCUGCUCUGUGGCGACGUUGCCAAUCUUCCGAAGCCGCCGUCCUACGUUUAGGCGCAAGGUCGCGGGGAACAGAUAGCUAAGCUGGUAUAAGUGAGGGUAGUGAUGGGGGGAGGAGGGGAAGACCGAUAUAAGUGGCUCUUUUGAGGGCCUUCUAUUUAUUAUUUUUGUUGUUGAGAAAAAAAAAAUUUUUUUUUUUUUUUUUUGCCUCUUGGCUGGUUAUCGGAAAGCUGUAGCAACAAUUGUUGCAAUCUUAUUUCAUAAAUCAUAUGCGUUUGUGAUUGUUAAA